AUGCCUCCGCUGGAGCGGGGGCUAGGCGGGCAGGUUGUACGGUGGUGCCCGGCCCGGGUUUCUGGGGCGGUUAAGGGUCACAGGGUCCAGCUGGGGGUGGGGAAGCAUUGGCUGGGCCGCAGUCGUCUGCCGCCUGGCGUCCUGGACGUCGUCCUGGUCGUCCUGCUCGGACUUGCCACACCUGGCGUCCUGGAGGUCCUCCCGGUCGUCCGUUCGGUCGUCUUCCACCAGCGCCCCGACCGUGCGGCCCGACUGUUCGUUCCGUUAAAUCGUGUUGCACCUGGCGUCCUGUGUGGGUGGAUUCUGGGGGGGACCUGUAUGACUUUUGUCGGUGGCCGUCAGGAAGGACACCAGGAGGGCUGUGUGCCCGGCUUCCAGGUCAAACAUUACCAGGUUGCAUACAGGAGAACUUUUCAGAAAGGUCUGCCACUUCUACAAGUUGAAUUCGAUGACUGUGCCGGAAAUGAAGACGUGGCCUUUGAGGUGUCUGUAAGUGGCUUCCGCGUUGAUGGAAACCUUAAUUUAGUACCUCUGCAAGAUGUGACAUUCAGCGGGCCAGUCAUGUUCAUCCACGGGCUCAGUGCUCAUGCGGAUGACAUGGCACAGGUGGGCAUAACUGGACAGCCGCUUGAGUCGACACGUGCUCUCAAGGAAGCGCUGGGUCUGUCACAUAGAUUGAAAAGAUCCCUGCUGGUUCCUCCAAUGAUUGUCACUGAGAACCAGAGAGCCCCCUUCCCAAGGAUCAUUGGCAAGUCUCACGUGAUUUCAACAGAGAAGUCGUGGGACCAUAUUUUCCGACUGACGGGUCACGGUGCUGACCAGGAUCCCAAAGGUCUCUUUACUAUUGACAUCGACACAGGAGACGUGUCAGUCACUCGCUCACUGGACCGGGAGGUCAUCGAUUCAUACCUGCUGGAAGUGUCAACCACAGACCUUAAUGGAAACCUCGUUGAGGGACCCGUGAUCCUCGUCAUCACUGUCAUCGAUCAGAAUGACAACCGGCCCAUAUUCAGAGAGACGCGCUACACUGGAGAGGUGCUCGAGGGAUCGCCUACAGGAACCACAGUGAUGACAAUGAUGGCGUUUGAUGCAGACGACCCAGCUACAGAUAAUGCCGCUUUGCGCUACAACAUCAUCCGACAGUCUCCAGAAAAACCAUCUCCUAACAUGUUCUACAUUGACGCGGAGAGAGGCGACAUUGUUACUGUCAUUUCACCUACUUUACUUGACAGAGAGACUCUGCCAACCACAACCUAUGAACUUGAGAUUGUGGCCAAGGACAUGGCAGGAAGUGAGGUGGGCCUGACAGGAACAGCCACUGCAACCAUUACCAUCACAGACAAGAACGAUCAUGCUCCAGAGUUCACACAUCCACUGUUUGAAGCUUACGUGUACGAGGGCUCGACAGGUGUGGUCUUAAACUUAACCAUCGAUGAUAGAGAUGAUCCAGCAACAGGAGCAUGGAGAGCUGUGUACUCCAUUAUCAACGGAGAUCCCACACGAAGCUUUGAGAUCCAGACCAACCCAGACAAUAAUGAGGGAAUGCUUUCUGUUGUCAAGCCUCUAGACUAUGAAGGCACAGCGUUCCACAAGAUCUACAUCAAAGUGGAGAAUGAAGACCCCCUGAUUCCUGAUGUCGCUUAUGGCCCUACAUCAACAGCAACAGUUCAAGUCAAAGUUUUAGACAUUAAUGAGGGGCCGGUCUUUUUCCCUGACCCCCUGAUUGUCACCAGGAUGGAAAACAUUCCAGUGGAAAGCUUUGUCGCCUCUCUUAAUGCCACAGACCCAGAUACAUUACAGCUUCAGAGUGUAAGGUAUGCCAUUCUGCGAGAUCCAGCAGGUUGGCUGACUGUGAACCAACUGCGAGGAACUGUCAACACAUUGGCCUCUCUGGACCGUGAAUCUCCUUAUGUUUACGAUAAUAAAUAUACUGCUCUCUUCAUUGCCAUCGACAAUGGCAGUCCGCCAGCAACAGGUACCGGCACAUUGGUCAUCCACCUGGAGGAUUACAAUGAUAAUGCACCCUUUGUAGUGCCAUCAGUAGCACGGGUGUGUGAAGAUGCCCAUGAUAUGAAUGUAGCCAUCGUAGGUGGACAGGACAAGGACCUACCACCGAACGGCGCACCCUUCAAGAUAGAGCUGGGAAAACAACCAGGGUUGGACAAAACCUGGAGAGUUAAAAGUGUGAACUCCACACACUCCCAAAUCAUGUUGCUGCACAGUCUGAAGAAAGCCAACUACCAGCUCCCAUUGCUCAUCACUGAUUCAGGGGUGCCUCCUAUGUCCAACAACUCGGAGGUCAAAGUUCAGGUCUGCGUCUGCAAGAAGAACAAGAUGCUCUGCAGCUCCGCCCACUCACACCACCCUAGCCUUCUCAUCAUGUUGGCAACAGUCAUGCUUGCCCUACCCUGUAAGUAUUAA